GAAAAGGAAGCAAGCGCUGGCGGUCCGCGGGGUCAGCUGGCGAGGCCGCGCCGGGGAUCGGGCCAUGGAGGCGGCGGGGGCGCUGGGGGCCGGAGUGGCGCUGCUGCUGGGGCUCUACGCGCUGCUUUACUACAACUUCGUGGCGGCCACCCGGUGUCGGAACACGGUCAGCCUGCGGGGCAAGACGGUGCUCAUCACAGGUGGAAAUAGUGGGAUCGGGAAGGCCACGGCGGUGGAUCUGGCCCGGAGAGGCGCCCGCGUCAUUCUGGCAUGCCGCGACAGAGCGAGAGGAGAAUCCGCCAUGUACGACAUCAGACGGGAAAGUGGGAACUCGGAGGUGAUCCUGAUGAUCCUGGAUCUGGGCAGCCUGGACUCCGUGCGAGCUUUUGCACAGACCUUCUUAGAAUCGGAGCCCCGUCUGGACAUCCUCAUCAACAACGCAGGGGUCUUUCAGGGUGGCCAAACCGCCGAUGGCUUUGACCAGGCCUUCCAGGUCAACCACUUGGCCCACUUCCUGCUGACCCACCUGCUCCUCGACCGGCUGAAGCGCUGCGCCCCGAGCAGGAUCGUAACUGUGGUCUCCAGUAUCCACGUUUUGGGGAAGAUCGACUUUCGGACCAUCCACAGGCCGGUGGAAGGGAUGUGGCAAGCUCUGCAUUCGUACUCCAACAGCAAACUAGCCAACGUUCUCCAAGUGAGAGAGUUGGCCAACCGAUUGCAAGGAACCGACGUCACCUGCUACGCGGUUCAUCCAGGAGCUGUUAGGACCGAAAUCGGCCGCUCUGUUCCAACCUGGUUAUCUCGGUCGCUUUGGUUCAUGACGCUCUUCAGCCGAGAUUGCCAGGCAGGCGCCCAGACCUCCAUCUACUGCGCCACCGAGGAGGGCAUCGAGAGGCUGAGCGGGAGGUAUUUCGAGGACUGCCGGCCGAAGGUGCCCUGGCCACAGGCCUGCGAUGACCAGCUGGCCAAGAAGCUCUGGGAAUUCAGCGAGAGGCUGCUGGGACUGACCGCUUAAGACGGGACAGAGUUGGAGUUUGGGGCAACUGAAAGCAGGUGUCCGAUUAAACUGGGGGAUCAAACUGCAGGGAAUCCGGAAACUUCCCAGAGGUUGUGUGUGAGGUGGAAAUUCAAGGGUUGAAUUUCUAAGAAGUUCAAAAAUUAGAAAGCAUUGUGGGGUUUGCCCAGUGUUGCCCAAAGACUCUCAUUUGUGACUUAUUAUUUUUGGUGAAUAAAGGCUGUUCCUGACCUGUUUUAAAA